AUGGAGCUUCCCCAACCACCUCAGGAUCAAGAUCUACGCAACAUAAUUGACAAACUUGCUCAAUUUGUCGCAAGAAAUGGCCCAGAAUUCGAAAAGAUGACCAAGACAAAACAAAAAAACAAUCCAAAAUUCAGCUUCCUCUAUGGUGGAGAAUACUUCAACUACUAUCAAUAUAAAGUCACCACCGAGCAAGCAAUUCUAAAGCAAUCUGCCGGUGGCCAGGCGGCCGCUCCCGCUGGGGCUUAUAUGGCACAGAGCAGGCAAUAUGUAAUGCCCCAACAGGCCAGUACACCAGCGCAGCUCGGGCUGGCGGCGACUAUGGCGGCGGCGCCGGCGCUUCAGCAGUGGCUCGCCGCGAACUCCGCGCCCGCGCGACCCGACGUCGACAGCGUCAACGCUCAGAUCAACAUACUUAAGGAACAAAUCACUCAGUCGGAAAACAAUCUCAACGCCCAACACACGGUGUUGAUACAACAGCAGCAAGCUAAGAUUAAUGAGCUGGUCAACAAGGCGCAGAUGGAAACCAUUCAGAUUAUGGCAGAAGAAAACAACAUUAGCUUAGCGGAACUGGAUAGCGUCUUGCAGCCAAUCAUUGACACAUGCACUAAAGAUAGUAUAUCGGCAGGCAAGGGGUGGAUUUUACAACAUGCGACUUCAAAUGAUGCCGGCAAAGUUAUUUCGCUACAUCUCCUGAGAAAGGUGACACAGUCGGGAGCGCUGUUCACACAGAAGCUGCACAUCAUAUACCUUGUCAAUGAUGUUUUACAUCAUUGUGCACGCAAAAACGCGGAAGAUCUCAAGAAAAAUUUGGAAAAUGUGGUGGUUCCAAUGUUUUGCAAUGCCAGUAUAGCCGUCACAGAGGAACAGGAGGCUAAGUUGAAUAAACUGCUGCGUCUUUGGGAAUCUAAGUCUAACUACUUCGACAGCGCUGUCAUUGAGAAAAUGAAGAGUCCCACGAGCUCCUACCAGGAGUAUCAGAACAACCUCAUCGCUCAGCAUUCUAACGCUAUCGCGCAUUUAGCGCAACAGACGAAAGCAACAUUUGAAAAUUAUCAAUCCCAGCAUCAAGCGUUUGUAAGUCACACAAUGCAGCAGAUACAGCAAAUGGAAAUGCAGAAACACGCUCUAGAAAUACAGAGCGGACACAACGAACACAAGGACGCUCCACAGAACAAUAUGCAUCCAUUCCAGAGUAACUUCAACGAUCAGUACAACAACCAACAAAUGAACUACGAACAGUUUAACUCAUCUCAUCAGUACGGCAGCGAAAGCGGCGACAACUACCCAUCAAACAACAGCGUCAGCGGAAACGAGAACAGCUACGACAGUCAGACAUUCGAUCAAUUGACGAAUAAACCGGAUGUAGAGGAGCCGGAUUUAACAAAUCUGCCGAAUAUUAAUUUCUCUCAACCACCGCCUGGGUUUAAACCUCAAGAGAUUACGAUAAUACCGUUUCAGAACGGUUUACCAGAUCUAAGCAAACCACCUCCCGGUUUCCCGCCCUUCCCAGAAAUAAACAACGAAGACCUAAUGCCCUCUGUACCAUACUUUGAAUUACCAGCUGGACUUAUGGUACCACUCAUUAUGUUAGAAGACGACAGAUAUCGCCCCCUUGACCCGGCUGCUAUUCGUUUACCGCCCCCCGCGCCUCCCAACGAGAGACUACUGGCCGCUGUAGAUGCAUUCUACGCAUCACCCAACCACGAACGACCUAGAGAUAAUGAAGGCUGGGAGAAAUUAGGUUUAUAUGAAUACUACAAAGCCAAAAAUUCAAGUAGAAAGAAAAAAGAAGAUGACAUCGCUCAAGGUUUACGGGAAAAGUCAAAAUCACCAAGUCCCAUACCUAAAGACUUACAAAAGCAGCCCACGCCGCCCGGUAGAAGAUAUAGGUCAUUAAGUAGAACACCAGAAAAAACCCAGUCACCGCAGAGAAAGUCACGAUCACGGACGCCCUCGCCAAGAAGGAAAUCAUCAUGGAGGAGGGAACGGGAACGGGAAAGUCGUCGCCGUUCCCGGUCCCGGUCUCGUUCCCGGUCACGAAGUCGGUCACGAGAACGUGAACGACAUCGAGACUCACCUCGCAAUAGACGAGUAGAACGAUCUAGAUCACCCACACCGCCUAGCUUCCUAAGUGGAGGUUCUUAUCCGAGUUCAUCGAGCGGUUUGGACCCGAGUAACAAAGGUCACCAGCUACUACAGAAGAUGGGCUGGAGUGCGGGCGGGCUGGGGGCGGCGGGACAGGGCAUCGCUGAACCUAUCAGUGGAGGAACUGUACGAGAUAAACAGGAUCAAUACAAAGGCGUAGGAGUAAAUCUAAAUGAUCCAUAUGAAAACUUCAGGAAGAACAAGGGAGCAGCUUUUAUAACGCGAAUGAAGGAAAGAGCAUUGGAGCGAUCAUCGUGA